AUGGCUGCCGCUUUCCGCCCAGCCAACAACGGUCCUGGGCAUUCCGAGGCCUUGCAUGAAGGCCGACCUCCGAGCGCGUCGCUGCAAUCAUCUGAGAACAGAGGUCAGCAGAUGCAUUCGACUGCUCCGAUGGACGACGCAAUCACUCCCACCAGGGCUACCUUCAGUCGUGGCAAUCCGGCCGCUGGGGCGAAUAGAAACAGCACUAGGCUGGUGUCGCAGAAGCCUUUGCCAACAUCACCAUUCCCCGAUGCCGUUCAGGUUCCCGAGCCAUCCGAAAAGCCGACAUCGCAGGGAGAACAUUCUCAACAGCCAACCACUCCCGCCGAUUCGGAAGACGUUGACAUGAACGCAUCCGAGGGAGAAGACGGAGGAAACGAUGACGCAGGAUCUGACGAUGACAGCCUCAAUGCCGAUGGCACCAAGUCAAAGAACAAGAAGAAAUCACAGCGCUUCUAUUGCACUGACUAUCCACCUUGUAAUCUGAGCUUUACCAGAAGUGAACAUCUGGCUAGGCACAUUAGAAAGCACACGGGCGAAAGACCGUUCAUGUGCCAUUGCACACGAAGGUUUUCGAGACUCGACAACCUGAGGCAGCAUGCCCAAACCGUUCAUGUCAACGAAGACAUUCCCGCCGACUCUCUGGCCGUGGCGAGUUCCAGGUUUGUCCGACAGGUACGACCAGAUCGCGUGCGACACAACGGUAGGGGCAGGACAGGAACUGGUGGCAGCGCUGGCGGGCCAGCUCGAGGCCACUCCAAGUCCUUGUCAACGUCUAGCAUAGCCAGCAUUGGCUCUUUGGGAUCCAACUAUAGCAAUGCACCACGCGAUGAUCCGACCCGACGACGUCCUCCGCCACUCGUUAUGGCAGAUCCCCGAUCGAGGCUGUCACUCGAAUCAUACCGCAGUGGCGUUGACAGCCAGUACUCUUACCGAGCAGCGUCUCCCAGCGACUUUAGCACUCCAACAUCAGCUACGUUCUCCACUGGCCAGAGCAGUCCGCGGUGGGCAUCGGGGAUGGCAUCGCCCACAACCUCUCACUCGCGUGCCCAUAGCAUGUACAGCACGGGAAGUCAGACUCCCGGAAGGCGCCUCUCCGUGCCGUCUGCUGCUGGCAACCCCUUCCAGUCUCCUCAUGGCGCGAGCCCUGCCGUUGGGAGACCUAUGUUUGGACCUUCCGGGCUUAACACAUCACACUCUGGCGCCUUUUCUCCGAGCAGUACAAGCCUACUCUCGUCGCCUACUCUAUCUCCGGCGGGCGGUUGGUCUCGUCGCGAAUCAAUGUCAGAGGCAGAAGCGAUGGAAUGGAGACGAAGAACGUGGCACGUUGACAGGGAUUACAGCGUCGGCGGCAGCCGUCUCAGCAAAGUCAUGAAUGUCGAUGAGAGCUCGACUGGUCCGGGUGGGGCUAUUCGACUCCCUGGUAUCGAGUCCUUCGACUUACCUACCCCCAUUACUCCCCCCCGCAGGAUACCCUCACCGAUGAUGGUAGACUCCGAAACCAAGGCACCGCCUGCACUCCUACUUCCAGACAGGAGACCGCAGACAGAGGCCCAUCGCCCCCCACAAUGGGACAGAGAUAUGAGCCUCCACCGAGGACUCACCAAAUUGGACAUUACAUCGAGCAACUCACCACGCGACAGUGCCGGCGCUUGGGCAAACGAGGCGAACAAAGCAGUGCAAGCACAGGCCGAGCACGCACGAGAGCAAAUUCGCACCCAGCCGACCGUUAGGUUCGACCCCGAAACGCGUGUGGUUCCGAUUUCAACACCAGCCCCCCUGGGCCCGCCUCCAACCAGCAGCAAUACCGUGUUCAGAGGUCAUCAGCAUACAAUGUCUGCGCCCUCUAUCACCUCUCGCGAGUCGAAGAGGCAUGGCUGGUACCACGGACCGAAUCCAAUGACUAUCCACGCCCGUAUAAACGAGGGUACGGAGCCCAGGGAACAGCGGGUAUCCCACGUGGAUCGCAUGAUGCAUCCCAACUUCAGCGGAUUUUCAGGUUUCCCCGCGAGGGAAACACCACCACCAAGACUCUCGGUACCAGCAUCGAAUCCACAGGCUACGCCCGUCAACCGACCCGGGGACCAGCACGGUGAAAGAGGCCAAAACCAACAACCUGAUACUUUGGACCGAUUCAAGACUCUCGUUGCCGCUGCUACGGGAGGUGUGCCGACGGCUACCGCUUGCUAG